AUGGAGACAUAUCACGGCCAUGUUCGCACGCCUGCGGACGCAAUCAUCCUGUUCGAAGCAUGCCGGAUCGGCUUGCUGCCCAGAGUCCAGAGGAGACUAUCAGAAAAAGAGAGACAGUCGAUAAAGUCCGGCUCGGUGUUCGUCUGGGACGAGCGGGAAGCUGGCAUGCGGCGAUGGACAGAUGGCAAGUCAUGGAGCGCCAGCAGGGUAUCAGGCAGUUUCUUGACAUACCGAGAGAUGGAAGGGAAGCGCGGAGGCAGCCAUGCUGCGCAGGCGUCGAGGGCCGGGAAGACGCCAGACAGCACCAGAGGCAGUGAUGAAGACGGCGGCGAGGGUGGUGAAGAGGGCCCUGACGGCUACCGAUACAAGCCAGACGGCCUCAUGAAACAGUCAUUCAGCAUAACAACCUCGACCGGACAGCAUCUUCACUUGAUCAGCUACUACGCCCGGUCCCAUCCAACCGUUCCUGGCCUCAACCAGCCCUCGACCGACCCGUCGUUACGGCAUAUACAGCCGCAAAAGGGCUUAUAUCCAGAAUCCAGCGUCAACGACCAGCAGAACCUCCCGGUGGUCACACGAGGGCCUAUGGCCGGCACUGCUUUCUCAGUACCGCCUCCUGUACAGCACUACGCCCGUCCGCCGGCAGCUCACCCGCAUGGGUACUCUCCUACUACUUAUAACUGGCCGGUAGCACACCCACCGCCGAUGAAUGGACAGCCGCCGCACCCUGCGCAACCCGGAUACCCCCCAGGAAGCUAUCUUCCGCCUCUCUCAGGCGCCAACGGCCCUCCGCAGUAUCAAUAUGCUCACCCCCAGCACCCACAUAUGCCGCCCUCUCAGCCAGUCUACCCACCACAGUACGACCGGCCUCAUCCGGCUGAUCCUCCGCCUGGCCCCGUUGCUCAUGCCAGUAACGGCCAUAGUGCUAGUCCUCGCGGAUAUCCUUACUAUGCCACCGCAAGAUCACCAAGCCAUCCACAGGCUGGCCAUAUGGGACCCGGAGAGCCUGUCUAUCAGGCCGGCAGUAAACCAGACUCACGACAUAGUGUAUCAUCUACCGGUUCGCACUCUCCAAGAGAAGCAAUGAGCUCGCUGCAGCAUACGCCCAUGAGAUCUCCUGGCCUGUCACAUAUAAAUCGAUCUCCCCAGCAGUCAAGCCCACAACAAAAUGGCCACAGCCACGUUCAAGUGCAUGGACACGCUCAUGCCCACCCUCUUGAUGUUCCUCCGCCCGCUUCAUCGGCCACUGCUGUACCCAGCAUAAAUGCUCUGAUGAACGGUCCGCCACUCAACGACAGUGCCCGUAUACCAGGUUAUCACCAGGGAGUUCCAGCUCCUGGAAUGGCAGGUGACGGGCCAAAGGACAUCCCCAGCGAGAAGAUUGGGUUUGGUGAAGACAUGCGAGCCCUUCGACAACUGGACAGGGUGUUUACAGCUUAG